AUGUUGCCCAUUUCACUUGCAAUUCCCAAGAUACCGAACAUCACAAACACCACCAGACACUUUUUCAGCAAAACAAACAUCAUGUCUACCACCAGCAAAACUUACAAGCUCAACACGGGAGCUGAGAUGCCCGCUGUCGGCCUCGGUACCUGGCAGUCCAAGCCCGGUCAGGUCGAGAAGGCCGUCGAGGCUGCUCUCCGUGCCGGCUACACUCACAUCGACACCGCGUACGCCUACGGCAACGAGAAGGAGGUCGGCCAAGGCAUCAAGGCCUCGGGCGUUCCCCGCGAGAAGAUCUGGCUCACCACAAAGCUGGACAACGACUGGCACAAGCACGUCGCCGAGGCCAUCGACACCUCGCUCAAGAACCUCGAUACCCCCUAUGUCGACCUCUACCUGAUGCACUGGCCCGCCAGUCUUGACAAGCAGAACCCCAAGCAGGUGUACAACGACUGGGACUUUGUCGAUACCUGGCGCGAGAUGCAGAAGCUGGUCGACACCGGCAAGGUCAAGAACAUUGGUGUCAGCAACUUUGGCGUCAAGAACCUUGAGAAGCUCCUCAGCGCUGAGAGCACCAAGAUCGUCCCCGCCGUCAACCAGAUCGAGCUCCACCCCGGCAACCCGUCCCCCAACCUCCUCAAGUUCUGCGAGUCCAAGGGCAUUCACUGCACGGGGUACUCCCCCUUGGGCAGCAGCGACUCGCCGCUCUACAAGCUCGACAGCCUCGCCAAGCUCGCCGAGUCCAAGGGCAAGACUGUGCAGCAGGUCCUCCUCCAGUGGGGUGUCCAGAAAGGCUGGAGUGUGCUCCCCAAGAGCGUCACUGAGGAGCGCAUCAAGGCCAACUUUGACCUUGAUGGCUGGAGCCUGACUGAUGAGGAGAUUGCCCAGAUUGAUGAGGUUCACAAGCAGAACAGCUUCAAGGUCUGCGGCGACGACUGGCUGCCUGUUAAGGUCUUCUUCGGCGCUGGUGACAGCGACUAA